AUGGCCAAGCGGGUGAUUCACGGGCUGAUGCCGAAAUUUGCAGAGAAGGUCAUUGAUUUGAUUGAGGACCGGUGCUUCAAGUUUGAGAAGCAGUCAAAGGGUCUCGACCAGCGUCUCCUCCAGGCCACGCGGGAGCACGAGCAUGAUUUCAUCAUCGCGAUGCUCAAAAGAUCAGUGUCUUUCGUGAUGCUGGAUGUUUUCCUGGAAAAGCUCGAAGUGGAGAAUGCCGACUUGCUGUAUGUUCAGUAUCCUGCCAUGGUCGAAGUUUGCGAAAGCAUUCAGGAAGAUUCCGUGGACCACGACGAGCUGGACGACAUUCCCAGGAUCUUAAAGCGGCGCAUUGACGACGGAGGUGUGGAUGAAGAAGUGGAAACCAGCGACUUCCUCGCACUGCGUUUGAGCUUAAACAACAGAGGUCCGCGAGUUGAUUCCAGCAGAGGCAAGGCUGCACCUCGUGCAGACGGGAUCAUGCGCUUGUGUCAUGCAAUCCGAACCGUUGCCUUCCUCGGAAUUCAGCGAACGGAUAUCCUCAGCGCUACGGAUGGUACCACUUCCAGGUGA